UUACAGAACAUCCAGUAUGUACGAUGCGAUGAACCCCGUUGCAUUGAUGCACACAAAGGUAAGUGCAUGAACACUGAUCCAUGUUACUAUGAGAUCAGUUACCAAGAUGAAAGCGCCUCCAAAGGCUUCCUCGUGACCGACUCCUUCACACUCCACUUAGCAGAUGGCUCGUUGAUCAGCCCUACCCUUUCCAUCGGUCGCAGCACCUACUACUCAUCAGAAGAGCCCAAUAGUCAAUAAAAAACUCACGGCAUGCUUGGGCUUGGCAAAGGUAGAAUAAGCAUACUCUCGCAGCUGCACGAACAAGGCCAUUUUGCCAUAAUCUUUGGUCAUUGCCUAAGUAGCAAUUCGAAAGACUACGGGUUUAUGUUCAUUGGGGAAGAUUUCGAUUAUCCCAGAUGCCUCACUUGGCUACUUACUGAAGUAAUAUAUGGUAAUCAUGAGCAGUCGUUGUUGGGAAGAAAUCAACCUUUCGUUCUUGAUAGUGGAGCCACUUACACGCACUUCCUAGAUCCAUUGUACCAGCAGCUUUUAACCAAGAUUGCAGAGAUGCCACUGCAAAAAGUACCUGGAGAUGAUGUGUACCCUGACUGCUGGGAGGACACGAGACCCUUCACGUCCAUCAGUGAUCUCAGGAACCUUUUCAGUAGCUUAUAUCUCAAAUCAGGAAAUGGACAAGGUUUGGAGAUCCCACCGGAGAACUACUUAAUCAUUAUGGAAGAUGGUGAUGUUUGCUUGGCCAUCUUGAAUGGCUUUGCUCAUGGUAUGAACAACUUCAACCUUAUUGGAGCUAUAUCAAUGCAAAAUGUGAUGGUUGUUUAUGACAAUGAGCAGCAACAAAUCGGAUGGGCUCCUGUUAUUGGCUGCACUCAACCUCUGAACUGCCCACCAUAA